ACGCACAAGAUACACGCGGCCGAAACGGCCUUCUACUCGCCCGGCCCCACCUCUCAGUCCUCACCCUGCCCCCUCCAUUCGCCCCCCUCCCGCCGACCAGAGAGGCAGGUCGCCGCCGACGAGAUCUGAGAGCUCCGGAGGCCGGAUCCCGGCCGCUCAAAGGCACGCGGAGAUGAAUCUGUUUCGGCUCGCCGGGGACAUGACCCACCUCGUCAGCGUGGUGGUGCUGCUCCUCAAGAUCCACACCAUCAAGUCGUGCGCAGGCAUAUCUCUGAAGACGCAGGAGCUAUACGCACUAGUUUUUGCAGCUCGCUACCUGGAUCUGUUUGUGCAUUUUGUAUCUUUGUAUAACACCGUCAUGAAGCUGGUCUUCCUGGCGAGCUCUUUCUCAAUAGUUUGGUACAUGAGGAAGCAUAAGAUCGUGCGUAGGACCUAUGACAGGGAGCACGACACCUUUCGCCAUCAUUUCAUAGUGCUGCCAUGUUUGGUUCUGGCUCUCCUCAUCAAUGAGAGAUUUACCUUUAGAGAGGUAAUGUGGGCAUUCUCCAUUUACUUGGAAGCCGUAGCAAUUCUGCCUCAACUUGUGUUGCUACAGCGCACAAGGAAUAUUGACAACUUGACUGGCCAAUAUGUCUUUUUCUUGGGUGCCUACCGCGUACUUUAUAUCCUCAACUGGAUUUACCGAUACUUCACUGAGCCCCAUUUUGUUCACUGGAUAAGCUGGAUUGCGGGUAUCGUGCAGACUAUGCUGUAUGCUGACUUCUUCUACUAUUACAUAAUAAGCUGGAAGAACAACGUGAAGCUAGAGCUACCAGCCUGAGCCGCUGUUUUCUUCCAAGAUAGACUAGGUAUUACGGCUUGCUUAACUUAAUGGAUAGACAGGACAGAUAUGGAUCAUAUGAUACAGAUGUGCGUUUUGGGUUCCUGGAUUUUCUUGUUUCCUUCCAAUGUUUUCGGAGGUGAAAGCUAGGUUCGCCUUGUAUCUUGUAAGGUAAUAUAAGGAGGUUGUGUACUUGUGAUACUGUUUUGGAACUCGAUGAAGGUGCUGCUGCUGUACUCCCUUUGGCGAGUGUAUACUGCUUAUAUGGUUAUAUUUCAUAACUUGCAAUGUCA